UUGAAGGACCUUGGCUUAAAACUGUUGCAUCCGCGAUACAAUCGACAAGCCCGCGUGUUUUACAGACAGAAAUGUGACUGAGCAUGGUUUUUCCCAGCCAAAAGUCUACAAAUGGGACUUAAUGAUUGAUGACUGACUGCUUGCUGAUAAACUUUCUCUGUUUAUUCUGCUUUGUGUGCGUUGGACAUCAUUAAUCAUCCCCCACUUUUUUUUUUAAACUUUCUUUUCAAUUGGAAUUGAAAUUAUUUUUUUUCUGGGGUUUUUUGGUUUUGUUUUUUUCUUUUUCUCUUCCUUCCCUUUGUCAUUAUUUUUGGAAAUUUCUUUGGCAUAAUUCACUUGACAGCAAUUUACAAAUUGAAAAUCAGCUUUUCAUCAUGGCUUUGAAUGUUGCUCCUGUAAGAGAUACAAAAUGGCUAACACUAGAAGUGUGCAGGCAAUUUCAGAGGGGAACUUGUUCACGCUCUGAUGAAGAAUGCAAAUUUGCACACCCCCCUAAAAGUUGCCAGGUUGAAAAUGGAAGAGUUAUUGCCUGCUUUGAUUCCUUAAAGGGUCGUUGUACAAGGGAGAACUGCAAGUACCUUCAUCCGCCAACACAUUUAAAAACUCAGCUGGAAAUCAAUGGCAGGAACAACUUAAUCCAACAAAAAACUGCAGCAGCAAUGCUUGCCCAGCAAAUGCAGUUCAUGUUUCCAGGGACACCGAUACAGCCAGUG